AGAGAAGAGUGUGGAUAUUUUAUUUGGGAGGAUUAUCUUUUCCCUUUCCCUGUAUAGAUGCGCUAGCGUUAUCCUCUGAGCUUGGACAACCUCAACUGAAGCGAAGAAGAAUGGGUGUGAAUGCGAAUGAAUGGUCUAAGUCGAGUGAGAUAGAAACUAAGGUGUGGAAUUGUUGGGGAAAUGCUCAAAUACCAUUUGCACUUCCCUUUCUUAAACUCCCCAACUCUAAUUUGGCCACUCCUCAACUCCACACUUGCAUCGCCACUGCAGCUGAUCAUUUUUUCACGUUUCUACACUCCCUCGCUUCACAAAAUCCCAUCCUCAACAAAGUUGUCUCUUUCUCCGCUGAAUUUCAAACAUUUUGGACGCAGAUUCGGUGCAGUAACUACAGGAACAUGAGGUGGUUGUCCAGUCAUAAUUUCGCUGCAGUUUUACCUGGGGAUUCGGUGGCAGGGAUUGUGGUGGCUAAUGGACUUAUAAAUUUCUUCAACAUUUACAAUACCUUGCUCAUUGUAAGGCUUGUGUUGACCUGGUUUCCCAACACUCCUCCUGCCAUUGUUAGUCCCCUCAGCACCAUAUGUGACCCAUAUCUGAACAUAUUCCGUGGACUAAUUCCCCCUCUGGGAGGAACGCUGGAUCUCUCUCCCAUCCUAGCAUUCUUGGUCCUAAAUGCCUUCACUAGCACUGCUGCUGCACUUCCUGCGGAGCUUCCAGCCACAGAACAAGGUGUUUCAGCACAAUUACAGGCUACUUGCGUUACUGCAUCACAGAAGAAAUGGAUGAGACGGGUUCAAGGAAACAGGUCAAAGACGUCCAAUUGGGCCAAAUAGAAUUUAGAAGGGUUUACUUGUGCCUUUAGGUGUUUAUUAAUUUAGAUAAGUCUGUGUUUAUAUGAUGGUUCUAGGCAACGCAAUUUUCGAGCCUGUGAUUCCGGAGAUUGUAGAGUUUGCUGUGGAAAGCUCGGGCUGCCACAGUCACAGUUUAUUUUAUUUUGUGCUUUACAAUACACACAUCCCAUUGUUUUAAUUUAAUCCUAAGGUACUUCUUUUCUUGGG